CUGUCCCCACCCCCGCCGCCCGGCCCUGCCGCCAGCCCUGCGCGCCGCCAGCCUGCCUUGCGCAUCUCGCUUGGCCCCCGUCGCGCCGCACCAUGAAGGUUCUUCUGUUCGCUGUGCUGGCUGCCGUGCUCUGCGUGGAGAAAGCCCACACACUCGUCUGCUUUUCUUGCUCGGAUGCAUCAUCCAACUGGGCCUGCCUGAACCCUGUCAAGUGCGGGGAGAAUGAGAACCACUGCGUGACAACAUAUGUCGGAGUGGGAAUCGGCAGCAAGUCUGGCCAGUCCAUCUCCAAGGGAUGCUCUCCCAUUUGUCCCACGGCUGGGAUCAACCUUGGCAUAGCAGCUGCUUCCGUUUACUGCUGUGACUCCUUCCUCUGCAACAUCAGUGGUUCCAGCAGCGUGAAAGCCAGCUACACCAUCCUGGCCUUGGGUGUCCUCGUCAGCUUCAUCUACGUCCUCAGGGCUCGCGAGUGAUGGGGCUGGCCGAGGAAGAGCUGUCUUCCACGGGCCGUCACAGGUCUCAUUAGCCAAUAUCUUCUCUGUUGCUGUCUGCAAGGAGAUCCUCUACUACUCAGCAGGCUUCCAAGGUGGUUGUUUCCCAGACUUUUCUGCUCUUCCAGCGUCUGAGACCUGGGCGGUUUGGCCAAGCUGUUGUUCUUCUGUGGACAUACCCCAGUGCACUCUCCACACCUCCUGUGCAAAGGUGGAUCGUGUUGGAAGGGUUUCUGCUUUUAUAACUAAUACUUUCCACCCCUCCCCACCACCCCCAAAUCGUUUCUAAGGUUGGUUAAAACAAGGCUGGGACUCACCAUGAAACCGUUUCUAACCCCAGACACCACCCGGUCAAGCAUUCAGACGUUCCUGCCUCUCACCUCCAUGGAGGUGCUUGGCACCAGUGUGCUCCAGCACACGGCUGACCCUGCCACCGAGAGUUCGUGACCCAAAGGGAGACACAUUCCUGGCCCCUUGACGCUGCAGUCUCUGUUUUUUAUAAAGUCAUUUGGUUUCUUCUGAUCCUGGCCUGACUUUUCUGGAAAACAAAUGAGCUGUUCCCUUGUCCUUCCAAGCUCUGUAAGUGCCAGACCUGAAUAAACAUGCUCCUGUUGUUCCCUCGGA